ACUCCCACUCUAUACGGAAUUCCAGCGAAACCCUAGGUGUUCAUCUAUAUAAAUCCCUCGUUUUCUCGCCGCCGUAGCCCUUCUUUGCGCUCGCGUCUUCUUAGCCGCCCAAAUAAGAAUUCCUGGUCGCCGCGUGAUGGCCUCGAUUGGAGAGCUCGCCUGCUGCUACGCUGCUCUCAUCCUGCACGACGAUGGCAUCCCCAUCACGUCGGAGAAGAUCCUGACCCUGGUGAAGGCCGCCAAAUUGACGAUCGAUUCUUACUGGGCGCCCCUCUUCGCGAAGCUCCUCGAGAAAAGGAGCAUCGAUGACCUUAUCUUGAGCGUCGGAUCCGGGGGCGGUGGUGCUGCGGUUGCAGUCUCCGCUGCGCCGGCUGCUGGGGACGGGGCUGCGGCCCCUGCCGCUCCUGCAGCUGAAGAGAAAAAGGAGGAGCCCAAGGAAGAGAGUGAUGAUGACAUGGGAUUCAGCUUGUUCGAUUAGAUAGGCAGAGAGAAAGAUCUAUGUUAUCGUCCUCUGUUUAGAUACGAAUGUUAGGUACUUGUUGCCGCCAUCGUGUCUGGUCUUCUAUGCUAUUUUGGUUAAUCUAUUGCGAGUCUUAUAUGUUUGCUUAGUUGAAUUCGAGAUGGCAGAGUUAUUUCCUUGUGGAUUUUCAGGUUUGUUCACUUUGUUAUCAAUGUUUCUUUUUAGUGAAUUAACGUUCUUCGAUUCA